AUGAGUCAAUUCCCAAACAGGGGGGAGGUGCAAGAGGGUAGCCAACACGGUGAGGAAGAAGAACAUGGAAGUAGAGUCCUACUCGAUGUGAACGCUGGAAACAGCAUCGUCAAGUGUGACAUGCUGUCGUCUAUGCAUGAAGAGGCGAAAAUAAAAUUCAGGAAGAUGUUCCAAGACGACGACAACCGGUUAUACGAUGAGCAGUUAGGACUAAACAUAUAUAUAAAAAACAUCUGGAUCUACAUCCACCUAAUGUGUACCUUUAGCAUCCACGACUUGAUACUCAUCUCCAGGUCCUUCAAAAACACAGAAAUUAUUUACGAUGAUGUUGUGUGUAGUGGAAAGGAAGACGACUCCCUCUUUAAGGAUGGACGAGGUAAAAGAAAAAACAGUCUGUUCAUUUAUUUCCAGAAUUAUAAAAUAAGGAAAAACGUCGUGAAAAUAUUUUUGCAGAAUCCAUAUGCUGUUUGUUUCAUCCACAAAAACGGAUCUGUGCAUGUCCACGGGGCGUUAACAUUGAGGAAAGGCUUGCUCAUUCUUAUUAAGGUCAUUAAGAGAUUGAAAUAUAAAACGUUUUGGACGUAUAUAAAUGGGUGCGAUAUGGGUGUACAUCACGAAGUGGUGGAGCUUCAACGGGAAGAAGCAACAGCUGCAGCGGGUUUGCCAUCUUUUGGUGAUGACCAGAUCGUGCACCCACACGAGGGGGGGUCCAUUUCGGGGGAGUCCACUCCUGAGGAAAACAUUACAGGGGAGGUUACUUCCCCCGAUGAGGGCUCCCCAAAAAAGGACAAGGUAAUGGUCCACGAAACGAUUCUCUUCUGCGAAACGGCCAUUGAAGAACUAAGGGGCAAAAUUAAAAAGUAUGAGCAGGGCGAUUGGGAGGAGGCCAAGGAAGUCCCACCCGAAAGUAGUAAGUAUUACCCAUCGGGGGGGUGCAAAAGUUGGACUUCCAAAAAACCCCACGCAGAUGUUCCUUCCCAAUUGGGGAACGAACAAAUGGAUAUCCAUUCCAAGGGGGGUAAAUUUCCCAUUCAGGUGGAGGAAAAGAGAGGGGGGUCAAAAGUGGAUUCUCCUGAAGGAUCCUCCUCAGAUGAGUAUAAAAGCGAAGACAAUGACAAAAUUGCGAACGUGUCAGAGUCGCCGCCUUCCCAUUUAUGUGACCAUGCGAGGGACUCCUCCGAAUUGACGCAUUUCAAACCAAGUAACUCCCAAGCGGAUCGCAAAAAUGAAUUUUCGGGCAGCGAACAAAAUGAUCAAUCGAUGGAAAAGCAGCACCAUAGCGAGAUUGGUCCAUUUGCAAACCAAUUUGAUCAAUCAUCCCUGCACAGCAAAAAGUGCAUAUACCAGUUUGACACGUACCGGCGGUGGAAGUACAUCACGCGAAAUGACAUCACAUUCGAUAUGGACCAUAUGAACAUUAAGCAGCUCGUCUCCGUUUUUAACGUUAAGUUGAGACAUUUUGAUAUUUCCAAAAUUUACAAGUAUAAAGAAUUUAAGAAUAUCCUUACAGACAUUAACAAUAUUAUAUAUAUUCGAAUUGACCAUUCUCUUUUGUGUAAGCUAAUUCAACAAGACAGUUUGGAUCCCAUUCUGCAAAAUAACUUCGCAAAAGGAUGUCCGCCGAAUAUUCAUCCCUCCGUCAGGACGGUCCUCCUGUUCAGUUCUGGCAACGUCGUCCUUUACGCCUGCAAGAGUCGCCGCGAGGUUCUCUGCGUGUCCAGGUUUAUUGUGAACACGCUGCGCAGAAACAACAACAUAACACUGUGA